AUGGCGAACUGGGAUAGGAAGAUGACUCGAUACACGGGCCCUGUUGAGGCGGGUCCGGAGGUGGAAGAAUUCGCCAACGCGCUUGACGACUGCCUAUCAUCGUACAUAACGCCAGCGGAGAAAAAGGAACGACUACUGCAACUGCCAAGUAGAUACUACGAAAAUGCCUAUCAAAGGCUAACGAACAGUCGGACGAAACGCGUUGGCGCCAACCACGAUGACAUGGACGUGGAUGCAGAUGAGACCUCGGAGGCUGGUUCUGCCCUCAGCGCCGAGGAGACAAAGCGCCUAGAGGGAGAGUUAGAAACGUGGGAUCUCAUUCGACGCCUCCUUCCUCUCCGACAUGCCGCCUCAAGAGCGAACCCCUUUGACGAAGGACAACACAUCAACGACUCGGGAGACUUGCUACUAGACUUCCUACGACGCAACCCGGUCGCCAAAGAACGCCACGCCGUUCUCCAAUGGCUGCAGGCGAGUGCUGCCAGCGGCCCAGACCUCGAUACCAUGGUAGAGGACCUGCAAAGGAAUGCAGACCGCGGAGAUGUCAUUGCGCACGGCUGGCUACACACACGAUCCAAGAUCAAGCUGCGCAAGAGUAUGACGGGCUGGCCUCACCUGCUUGAGCGGCAAACACCCAGCAUUGCCGAAUCACACACCAACUCGGAUGGUGCGCCCCUGGUUACGAACCUUGACCCCGAUGCCGUGACUCGCCAAGAUCGAAAGCUGGAACCACAAGACGAGUACUUUGAGCGAGCAAUUUGGUUGGGCUGCUUUGAGCACUUGCGACGAGGAAAUAGCCUGGAAGAAAUCAGCGACUGGUGCCAGGAGCGCACUGAAAUGUGGAGGGCCAUUUCCAUGUCUGCCAUUCUGUUCUCAGAUGAGAACCAAGACAAGGUUGAUGCCGCUCCGGAAUCUUUGGCGCUGUGGCGCCGCAUGUGCUAUGCCCUCGCUCGUAACCGUGGUUCCGACCAGCAUGAGCGCGCCGUCUAUGGAAUUCUCUCCGGCGACGUAAACAGUGUCGAAGCCGUAGCGAAGAGUUGGGACGACUACCUCUACGCGCAUUACAACGCCUUGCUACGGACCCAGCUGGACAGUUUCAUCCUUGGAAAGUGCCCUCCCGAUGUGGCCUCCAACCUGACCCAGUCCUUCUCAGUGUUUGAUGCCGUGCAGUUUUAUGGCAACGACGCAGUCGAGAAGAGACUCAUGCGAUCGCUGGAAUUGAAGCCUGCCAUCAAGGAUGAGGCCCAGCAACCGCUCAAGGCCCUGCAAGCGUCUUACAUUGCCAACGAUACGGCUCAUCAUCUAUUUGAGCAGGGCCUUCUGAUCGAGCUCAGCAACCCUACCCGAAGCUUUGCGGCAGUAAUGGUCGGCGAGGACCUUGCCGAGUAUAAAUACUUUUCUCUGGAACAGCACGAUGGCCUUCGGAUCGUCACGCACGUCUAUAUCCUUCAGCUCCUGAUGGAGCAACAAGAUGCCGAGGACAACAUACAAACAGAAAAGCAUCCCCCAAACUGGCGUUUUACGCAAGAGUGUAUCGUUGGAGCGUACGCUGAGUACCUGCGCCGGGCCAGCCUACAAGAGCUCAUCCCUCUCUACUGCUCUAUUGUGGAAGCCCCUCGAUGCUACAAGAUUCUCUCCCAAAACUUGAUCCACGAAGACGAUCACAACCAGCGUCUGAUACAACUCAAGCUGGUCAAGAAGGCCGGCAUUGAUGUUUUGCAAUUUGUUGAGGAGCAAGCCAAUCUCAUGUAUUACGAGCUCACUUUCGACGCUGAACUAGCCCACCAACCACCACCCGAGAUUCGCUUCAGAAUUGUCGAAGCAGGCCGCCCGUCAUCACGCCAAGGACGCGCGAUCAAGGCUGAUUUCUUUGGCGAGGAAGAGGAUGCGAUUGAAUCCAAGGAUGAGCGCCUCAUUCGCUCCAUUGAAUGGUUGGCGCUCGUACACGAAAAGUGGCCCAAGGUCUUUUCCAUGGGUACCAAGGCGUACAAAUAUUUCCUUACACACAUGCAUCUUAACGCUGCAAGACAGCUCAUGCGGCGCGUUCCGUUCAGUGACAUGCUCCGUAGGAUAAUGGAGCAGGACGAAUCGGAGGCACCGCAGAUUGAGGAUGUGCGAUUUUGGGAGGACCAAUUGGAGAGGAGCAACAUCCUCGACGAGAAGCCAGAGCAAGUUGUUUCUGACGCCCGCAACUUCCGCGAUCUGGAGGCGAUUGUUGCAGCGCUGGACAGCCUGGAGACGAUAGCAUCGCUGGUGAUUCUUUCGGCCGAGAUGCCGGCUACGAACCGCAAAUUCUGGGCUGGUGUUGGCGAUGGCAUUAAGGCUGCUAAAGAAAACAUGCAGCCACUGUUGAAGGGAUGGCUCGUUGCUAGCAUUGCUGACGGCGAUGAGGAGCUGAGCAAAAUUCGUCGCGAGUAUCUCCCCGAGACGAUUCUGGCCUACGUCAGCGCACUGCACUUUGCCGGCACCGGCCUGUCACGCGACAACCUGCUCGAGAGCAUGGAACUGGCAACGGUGGUGGCGGAGCGCAGCUCCGACCUGACGUCGCUCUUCUCGACGACGAAGCGCAUGACGGAGCUCGUCGAGGCACUGGCAGCGUGCAGCAAGGCGCUGGCCGUUGCCACGGGCGAGAAGCGCACGACCGGGGCCGGCAGCAAGAAGCUGCGGGAGAUGGGAUGGUCGCGCGACAUUUGGUCCGUCAAGUCUUAG